AUGAAAGUGUCAAAAGAAGAAGUUGCAACAUUAAAUGGAGUGAAAAAACAUAGAAGCUCAGAAGACUCUUUAGUAGAUAAUGAAGUUGCAUCAUCAACCCUGGGUCUUGGGUAUUUUACUCCAGAAAUUACAGGGCCUGAAAUUAGAAGUGGUAAAUAUUUUAAAACACAAUCUUAA